UUUGCUGGUCUUAACUCUGCAGAAACCUCACCGAACACAUCACCGAAUCGCGCGCAAUCAAAAUCCACUAAAGGAGCUGAAAACAUUUCAGAAUUAUGUGAACCGCGUGCAACAUCAUCUCAGUUCGCACAGUUGAUUCGACAUUGUGCGAAACUGCCACCUCGAGGACAUAUUCUUCGUUUUGCAACAGCUCGAAGACCUUCAAUCCUCUCAUCCACAGAUCUUGACGGUAAUCAUCACACAUUUCCACUUUCCCAUACUUAUCAUGCAUCACCUUUCUGUGAUCAGGAUGAGGUAGCGCAUCGUCGCGUAGUUGUAAUUGGUCCGGAUGCAGAGGGUACCAAUCAUGGAUUCGAGGCCGCCUCUGUGGAUAUCGCCGCCUGUCUCAAGGUUAUCGCUGCACCGUCGUCGUUUGGUGCAGCCGCAAUCGCUCGCGCGAUUGUUCUUAGAUAUGCACCAUUGCUCAAAAUGACUCUUCCCACUUCGGCGAGCGAAGAAUUCAAAGAAGUGAGGAUUCCCGAAGUUGACGUGAACGCGGCAAAUUUCGACUCUGACAGAAAUCCGGUACGAAACUGUCGUUCCACUUGA